GUGGUCAAGGGCCCCUACAUUAGCUUACUGGGAUUGGCAUGGUUUGGACCACUGGGGCUAGCCGUCACCGGGGUGAACCACACUAGCUUACAAGUGGACGUGGACGCCAUAUGCAAGGAAUUUCCGGGGGUUUUCGAUGGGAAAUUGGGACAGUAUACGGGCCCCCCCAUUGCACUACAGCUUGACCCCGCAGUACGACCGGUCAGGCUCAAGGCCCGCCGGGUCCCGUUCGCCCUGAAACCCCGUAUAGACGAGGAAUUGGACCGGCUCGUGGAGCAAGGAGUGCUGGAGCCGGUGCCUAAUGCCUCCUGGGAAACCCCAAUCGUCACGCCCGUCAAGCCUAAUGGUUCAGUCCGCAUCUGCGCAGACUACAAAUGUACCAUAAACAAGGCCCUCACGGCCCAUGCAUACCCAGUGCCAGUGGUCAGCCAUGUUCUUGCCACCCUGGCUGGGUCGAAAAUUUUUGGCAAGCUGGACUUGGCCCAAGCAUAUCAACAGCUGCCAGUAGAUGAGGCCACAGCAGAGGCACAGACGAUUGUGACGCACAGAGGAGCAUUCAGGGUAAAGCGGCUGCAAUUCGGUGUCAGCGUGGCACCAGGCAUAUUCCAGAAUCUAAUGGACUCUCUACUUAAAGGGAUUCCUGGCGUCACCCCCUUCUUCGAUGAUGUGUUGAUUGCCGGGCCCACACCAGAGGAGUUUGAGGACCGCCUCCGCACCGUUCUGCACCGUUUCCAGACGGCGGGUCUCAAGGUGAAGCGGGAAAAAUGUCUACUAGGAGUGCCUCAGGUGGACUUUCUGGGAUUUAUGGUGGACGCAGAAGGGGUCCACCCGACUGGGGACAAGGUACGGGCCAUUUGUGAUGCCCCAGCGCCCAAGAACAAGACUGAACUUCAGGCCUUCUUGGGACUAUUGAACUUUUACCAUUCCUUCCUUCCCCACAAGGACUUGCUUGUCUCAAACUCGGUCUUGGCACACUUCGACGAGAGGCUGCCGGUGGUGCUAGCAUGCGAUGCCUCGCCCUAUGGAAUUGGCGCUGUCCUGGGACACCAACUCCCGGAUGGAAGAGAGGUACCGGUGGCAUACUUUUCCCAGACACUCAACGCAACCGAGCGGAACUACUCGCAAAUCGACAAGGAGGGUCUGGCAAUCGUGAAGGGAGUAAAAAAAUUCCAUGAUUUCUUGUACGGGUGGCCCUUCACCGUGGUGACUGACCACAAGCCGUUGCUUGGCUUAUUUGCCCCUGAAAAGCAGACCCUCCAAGUGCUGUCUCCUCGCGUCCUCAGGUGGUCAAUUUUCCUUGCCAGCUACCAGUAUGCACUGAUUCACCGUCCGGGGAAGGCGAUGGGCCAUGCGGAUGCCCUCAGCAGGCUACCACUACCGGAAACAGGCCCCGACCCAGCACCUGCACAAGAGGUUAUGAGCCUGGAGCUGCUUCCCGACCGCCCCAUUCAGGCACAAGAAGUUGCACACCAUUCCAAGAAAGAUAGGGUCAUCUCCCGGGUCCUGGACUGGGUGUGGAGGGGAUGGCCCAGCAGCAGCCCCGGGCCAGAAUUCGCCGGCUACACAACCCGCAAACAUGAACUGUCGGCCCACAAGGGGUGCCUGUUAUGGGGAAGCAGGGUCGUUGUUCCCCAGUCCCUCCGCAAAAGGGUCCUCACAGCCCUACACGAGACACACCCAGGGGUAGUAAGAAUGAAGGCCCUUGCCAGGAGUUAUGUGUUGUGGCCGGGGAUCGACGGAGAGAUAGAGGACCCAGUGUACGCAAAGAAUUUUGGGGCAGGCCCAGCAUGGGUACCCGCCACAGUCACCAGGGUCACUGGCCCCAUGUCGUACGAGGUGCUAACAGAUGGGGGGCAAUGCUGGCGCCGCCACUGU